AUGGCACCAAUGAUCAGUUUUCUCAAAAUAAUUUUUCUUAAUUCAAUAUUUUACCAAAAUUGUCAUACAAACCUUGAAUCAGAUUGUAGAUAUUAAGAAUUUAAUGUUUAAGGAAUUACUACAUCAACUGUAGUUAAGUGUGGCUCAGAUUCGAAAAAUAUAUAUAUGGGUCCAUUUGGAGAAGGCUCUAUUGUUACAAAGACCUUUUCAAAUAUUCCUCCAAAUAUUUAAAUCGAACUUAAAUUUAAAAUUGCAAAGAUAGACUCUUGGGAUUCAGAAACGCUUACGAUUUGGCUUAAUGAUUAAUAGCUCGAACAUUACAGUUUUACUUCUCAUUAAGGAACUCAUAUUUGUUAACUUUCUGAAUAUGAAGAUUUGAUUAUUCAAAUUGCAAAAACUUUUUAAACUACAACAAGAGGUCUUACAUUAAAAUUUAAAGAUACUUUAGACUAGGCAUCGACUGAUGGUUAUAUAUAUUAUAAUAUUAGAAUCUUGGGGAUUAGGAGAUGUAUUUUUGAGAGUUAUCAACCCAUGUGUUAAUUUUUAUAGUGAAUGUAAUUAUUAAGGGGAAAUAUUUACAAUAUGUAAAGGUGGAUAAGUAAUUUAAUAAAGAAAUAUCCCUUUUGAAAUUAAGUCCAUCUCGUUUGAUCCUAGCAUUAUGAUAAAAAUAAAGGAUCCCAAUUACUAUGGAGGAGUUCUUAAAGAUAUAACUACAUCAGAGCCUUGUUUAGAUAGUUAUAAAGUAUUUUUUAAAGUUAAUUAUCAUUAGUUUCCUAAAUAAGUUUAACCAGCAUGA